CAGCUGCGAUAAUGAUAACGGCUAUGUAAUGAACAGAAGGAAGCAUCAUAAUCUUACGAGAGAGGGGGAGGAGAGGAUGGACCUGCAGAGGUGAAAGUAGAUGAUUUUUGUUAGGCUUCUACUACUACAGCUACACCUAACCACUCUGUUCUAACUUCGAACCUUUAAAAGUAGAAGGGAACUCUUUCUCUCACGAACACUCACACACAAACACCGCAUUGAGCGCGUUGUCGGAGAUUACAGCAUAGAAAUUCCACCCGGUAUCCUACAUGCAUACACAAAGCUGUAGCUGUGAUAAAAUAUAACGAACACCGGGAGCUUGGUUCGCUUCGUUGCAUGGGGGAUUCACUGCAUAUCCGAAAGGCAGAGCCAGUCCCCUGACCAACAGACUAAUUCAUUUGAAUUAGUUCAUGGAUUUAAUCAUCGCCGAUGUUACGAGAUACGUAACGGAUACGGGGAUUAAUAUUACAGGCACCGAGAGUUUACACCGCGCCCGGUGUACUGACAUUCUCGACAACGACUCGGUAUAUUAAACCGGUGCCUCGGUAACGAGACCGAGGGAGAACAUCAGUUAUUUCAGUAAGGCUAUCGUGCCAUUUCGAUAUACCAUGGUUCCGGGAUUUGAAUAGGUAGGCUAUCGUAACGAUACCCACUGGGAGUCAUUAGAACAAAAAGCGCUCCUUCAAUUUUCUACGCCUGCUUCGCGGCAGCAGGUUGGGAUAAUAGCCACCACCACCAGGAUUGCACAAGUCUCCCAUUCACAUGGGUGAAGGCAGGGCUCGGUUCUGCUUUGGUUGGACCCGGGCUCGCUGUCAAGAACAAGACAAAAGUGUGUCGGACCCUGGGAGGGAACCGGAAACGCGAGAGAGAUGGGCCGAACUGUUCGACCAACUGGACCUCAAUAAAGACGGUAAAGUCGACAUCAACGAGUUGAGGUUAGGACUCGCUGCCCGCGGUUUACUUCGCAGUGACGCGGAGGAGAUAGUCCGUGAGAGUGACACCAACCAUGAUGGCUUGCUGGACUUUGAGGAGUUCUCUCAGUACCUGUGGGCCCACGAGAAGGAACUGCGGCUCAUGUUCCACACACUGGACCACAACCAUGACGGGCGCAUUGAUGUCGGGGAGAUUCAACAAUCGCUGCACAACCUGGGACUGGAGGUGUCCACAGAACACGCCAUCAAAAUACUACAGAGUAUGGACAGGGACGGCACCAUGACUAUCAACUGGAAUGAGUGGCGAGAUCACUUCCUGUUUAACCCUCUUCACAACAUGGAGGGCAUCGCUCACUACUGGAAACACUCUCUGAUGUUUGACAUCGGAGAGCACAUGACAGUCCCGCCAGAGUUUUCCCAACAAGAGCGCCAGUCGGGUGUAGUGUGGAGGCAGCUGGUUGCCGGGGCGAUGGCAGGGGCUGUGUCACGUACAGGAACCGCCCCCCUCGACCGUCUCAAGGUCUUCCUACAGGUGCAUGGCUCCAGCUCUAGGGGGAUCAAGCUGUGGACGGGGCUGAGGGGGAUGGUCCAGGAGGGGGGUGUACGAGCCCUCUGGAGGGGCAACGGCAUCAACGUCCUCAAAAUAGCCCCAGAGUCUGCCAUCAAGUUCAUGGCCUACGAACAGAUCAAGCGGUUGAUCCGGGGCAGAAAUGAAGCGGGUACUCUGCGGGUGCAGGAGAGGUUCAUCGCUGGCUCUCUGGCUGGAGCCACCGCACAGACCAUCAUCUACCCUAUGGAGGUGCUGAAGACUCGUCUUACCCUGAGGAAGACUGGCCAGUACUCUGGCAUUGUAGACUGUGCCCAUCAGAUCCUGAGGAAGGAGGGGAUGCGAGCCUUCUACAGGGGCUACGUGCCCAACACACUUGGCAUCAUACCGUAUGCUGGCAUAGACCUGGCCGUCUACGAGACUCUGAAGAAUGCCUGGCUCCAGCGGUACAGUAAGGGCUCUGCUGACCCGGGGGUGUUGGUACUGCUGGGCUGUGGUACUGUGUCUAGUACCUGUGGACAACUGGCCUCCUACCCCCUGGCUCUCAUUAGAACACGUAUGCAGGCCCAGGCCUCCACUGAGGGGGGGCCCAAGCUGUCCAUGGUCGGUCAGUUCAAGCACAUCAUAUCACAUGACGGGGUACCUGGGCUCUACCGCGGCAUCGCCCCCAACUUCCUGAAGGUCAUUCCUGCUGUCAGCAUCUCGUACGUGGUAUACGAACACAUGAAGAAGGCUCUGGGUGUGAAAUCGUAGAGAGAGGAAGUGAGAGACAGCAAAAAGAGCGGGAUAUAGAGUGCAGCUCUUGGAUUUCAAGAUGGAGAGGAAGACAGCAGAGGAUUGAGGGAUAGAAGACAGAUAGUACACCCUUUUCAUACACAUUCAGUAAGCUUCCCGUUUACACCUAGCUAGAAAGAUAUACUCACUGUUUGAAUCUCUCAGCCCCUCAAUGACGCUGUACCGUCAUUAAGAAAGACGGAAGAGUCUGCUAUCAGGCUGAGCUGAAGUCUGUAAGAAACUGCUGUGUCAGACAGAUUAGGAGGAGGAGGUGUGAGGGGAAGGAAUGAGAGAGAGAGAGAGAGAGAGGGUGGAAGAGAGAGAGAGAAAGAGAGAGAGAGAGUGUGUGUGCGUGUCUCGGCAGAAUCUAGGCCAUUCUUCCUCUUUGUUUAUGAGCUGUAACCACCAUUAUAGUCACAUCUUCACAAUAAGUCUGUGUGUUGCCCUCCAACCAAACACAGUGAAGCACACAGUACAGUUUGUAUACCUAUAUGUAGGCCCUUAUCUAAGGUCAGUUUCAUGUUUUGUGAAUAUAAAGUGAUCUUCCUCCAAUGACCUUGACAUGUACUGUAUAUUCGCUCUUUACUACACAGCAGAAAAUGUGGGGUUGUUCCACAGUGUGCUGUUGCUAGAACACUACCAAGCCAAAGUACCCUACUCUUUAUUUCAAUAUCUCAAAAGAGAUUAGAAUUGGAUUACAUGUGUUUGUCUUCACUGUGUUUGUCUUCAGUUGCUAUUCUCAAAAAAGUACAUUCUAAUGGGGGAGUUUCUAAAGUUCUUAAACGAGGAAACUUUUUUGACGUUUACAUGAUGUACUGCAUAUUGUUGCAGUAUGUAUUUUGUAAGGGAAAGAUUCUGAACACAUUUGCAAGAGAUACCUAUACAGGGUCUUAUACAGAGCUGUUCCUCCGACCUAGUCCAUGAAGGGCUUUGCACUUUUCUCCCCUAUUUGUUUAGGGGAAUGUUUCUCCCCUAUUUCAAGUGUCUCUUAUAUACAUACAGUCAGGUCCAAAAUUAUUGGCACCCUUGAUAAAGAUGAGCACAAAAUACUAAAUAAUACACAUUUUGAGCUAUAUUGUCUGGUUCAAAGAAAUUGAACAUGAUAUAAUUUUAUACUAAGACAAUUACUCAGAGAAAGAGAUUUUGUUUAAAUCUAGAAUCCUUAAAUAACAAAGCGGUCAACCAAACACUUUUUUGGUAAAAAUCUGAGGGAAGGGCCUGGAGAAAUGUAACCACUCUCAAAUUCAUAGACAGAGCUACGGAUGCAAGGACUGACCAUCAAUGAGAUGAAAAUGAUAGUUUUAACCAUGUUUUGAGGCUCUACAUUGACAUUGUUUACAAACAUUGGAGUAAAACAAGGUUAUAUUUUGGGUUCUGAUGGGGUACGACAGUUCAACUAAGCUCUUGAGGCAUUUAUAAGUUAUAUUCUUCAAUAAUCAAUGGGUAUAUAUCAUUAAUUUAUAAGUUCAAAAAUGGAUGUAGCAACUAAGGAUUCUUGCUUUAACAAGUAAAAAAACACAUUUUAAAAAGGGGUCAAAUUUACUGCCACCCCUGUUUUCAUUACCUUUCAAUACCAAACCUUGUGAGGAUAACGGCACUGAGCCUUUUUCUAUAAUGUUUAUGUGAUUGGAGAACACAUUGGAGGGAUCUUAGACCAUUCCUCCAUACCACUGGUUUUCAAGUGGAUUCAUGUCUGGAGACUGAGAUGGCCAUUGCAAAAUGUUGAUUUUGUGGUCAAUUAACCAUUUCUUUGUGGCUUUUGAUGUGUGCUUGGGGUUAUCGUCAUGCUGGAAGAUCCACUUGCAGCUAGGUUUCGGCCUCCUGGCAGAGGCAACCACGUUUUUGGCUAAAAUGUCCUGGUACUGGGUAGAAUUCAUGAUGUCGUUGACCUUAACAAGGGCCCCAGGACCAUUGGUAGCAACAUUUCCCCAUAAAAUGAAAUAUCCACCACCAUAUUUUACAGUAGGUAUGGGGUUAUUUUCUGCAUAUGCAUUCUUUCUUUCCACGAAAAAUCCAGCACUGGUGUACAUGGCUAAAGAGUUAUAUUUUCAUGUCGUCCAACAAAUGGAAACUACUGGAGUUUGUUAAACAGCUUUGGCACUUGGAUUUUAAUCAGUGCUAUGGUCAGAUGAUGUGAAAAUAAAGAUAUUUGGCCACGCACACCAGUGGUGGGUUUUGCUUUGAAAUAAAUAUGCAUAUGCAGAAAAUAACCCCAUACCUACUUUAAAAUGUGGUAGUGGGUCUUUCAUGUUAUGGGGCUAUUUUGCAUCUGCUGGUCCUGGGGGAUUCACACUUCCUGGCCUCAAAAUCAGCAUUAUUGCCAGUUGUCUUGUCCUGGUAGUUAAUAGAUCAAUUAAUGUCAGUAAUUGUCCAGAGAGCUCACUCCCCUGGUUUCCUAGGUAUGAAUCAGUCCCUGAUUAGCAGUGGUGGAAAAAGUACCCAAUUUUCAUACUUGAGUAAAAGUAAAGUGAAAGUCACCCAGUAAAAUACUAUUUGAAUAGUAUUUGGUUUGAAAUAUACUUAAGUAUCAAAAGUAAAUGUAAUUGCUAAAAUAUACUUAAGUAUCAAAAUGAAAGUAUAAAUAAUUUUAAAUUCCUUAUAUAAAGCAAAUCAGAUGGCGUCAUUUUCCUUUUUUUUAUGAAUAGCCAGGGGCAUGCUCCAACACUCAGACAUCAUUUCCAAACAAAGCAGGUGUUUAGUGAGUCCACCAGAUCAGAGGCAGUAGGGAUAUUCUCUUGAUAAGUGUAUAAAUUAGACAAUUUUCCUGUCCUGCUUUUGUGUUUCAGGGAAAAUGUAUGGAGUAAAAAGUACAUAAUUUUCUUUAGGAAUGUAGUGAAGUAAAAUUAAAAGUUGUAAAAAAUAUAAAUUGUAAAGUAAAGAUAUCCAAAAACACUACUUAAGUAUUGUUUUCAAUUAUUUUUACUUAAUUACUUUACACCACUGCUGAUUAGAAGGAAAGUUACCCAUCUAUGAUGGACACCCGUGUGGCGCAGUGGUCUAAGGCACUGCAUCUCAGUGGUAGAGGUGUUACUACAGACCAUGGUUCGAUUGGGCGGCGCACAAUUGGCCCAGCGUCAUCCGGGUUUGGCCGGGGUAGGCCGUCAUUGUAAAUAAGAAUUUGUUCUUAACUGUCUUGCCUAGUUAAAUAAAUCAAUGUGUGUCAUAAUCAGGAAUUCCAUGCUCUUGGUGGAAGGGAAUGUGCUGUAGGUUAUCUCCCAGUCUGGAGUGCAUACUUAGUCCAUGUUCUGUGUGUAAUGGCUCCUGCAUCAUGUGAGGUAGUUAGAUAAAGAUCAGACCUGAAAGGAUGGGCUCAGUUUGAGGCUUGGCCAAACCAUUUUGUUGCAGAUAUUAAGAGACUAUGUUUGUCCUCCAUGACACCAUUGUGUUGUGCAUCUAUUUAGUAGGUUUUGCACUACAGUACAGUUUGUUUCCUAACUAACUAACUAACUCCUCACUAUAGUGUGGACCUCAUAAUAGCGUAUACUGAAAGCAGCAGGAUGAAUCGUCCAGGAGGUAUCUGACAGUGCCGCAAACCUUUCCAUGACACCCUAAUGCAAACAUUGGGGAAACCAAUUACUGUAUAGGCUGGAUGAAUGCUCCACAGAGAUCUUAAAUCGGUUCUAGAAUUAUAUGAAUAGUAACCAAUUUUAUGGGAUUCUACAUGUAAUUCUACGAAAUGCACAUCAUCAUCAUUAUAAUUUCAUAGCCCAGGCACAAUUAACUUUUACUGUAGUUUAAUUUAGGUUAAGAAUGAGAAAGUAGUUACCUUUAAUUCUAUGAUAAGUUAUGUGAUUAAUAUAAUUUUUCUACCAAUACUCUGCCCUCGUUGUAUUGGGAUACAGUAAUGGUCUCUCUGAUGGAUGUCAAUAGGUUUAAAUUAGAGCAGUAAAUUGAAUAAGCUGCUUAGGUGUUGUUACAUACUGAUGAGCAAAGACCAUAACAUAGAUUCUAUCAAACAUUGCUGCUGACAUAGAUUCAUAUUGAUUCAUAUGUCACACGUGUUAUUUGUCAUUUGGAAGCCAAUGACUUGCUUUCCCUGAUGAGAUUUCCACCAUCAUGUCCAUCAUGACUAUUGAAAGCCUUCUAUUUGCCUAAUUAACUAACUGGUGAUUCAAUUUUAAAUAUCUUUCCUAAGCCUUUAUAUCUUUGCUGGCUCUUUGGCCAGACUUGUAUCACUUUUUAACAGGAUGGGAAAUACGUGAAAGGGAGAAGUUUUAGAUAGUAGUUCCUUGAAAUGAAAUAGAAAGGGGAAAAGGGAAUGAAAAGGGUAGAUGAGAGAGAAGUUAUUAAGAGAUAACUGUAGACAGAUGAGUAAUGCAUUUACUUGAAAAAUACUGAAAGCAACUCCUGUAUUUUAGAUAAGAAAUUAAUUGAGCGUAACCUCCAUAGUAAACAAUAAUAUUGUAAAAAAAUAUAUACAUUGUUAACAUUGCAAGCUAUGGUUGUGAAUGCUUGCUUCAUGGAGUAUUUUAAGAUCAUAUUUUCUUUCAAAAUACUUUGAAUGCUUGCUUGAAUGCUUCUUAGUGUUGGGAUGCCUUAAAUAUGCAGAAUAUGUCAUCGUAGAGCAUGAUUAGUGCAUGCUAGUAUAUUUAAAAAAAACAUUAGACUCAAACUGUAUUUUAUGUCUUUAGACUGCUCUGUCUUUCAGAUUAAUUAUACUUAUUAACACCCUUUAUAAAACUGUGCAGUCUAACCCUCUUCUUUAUAAUAUGAUAAUAUAUGCCAUUUAUAAAGGCUACUGGUGGAAAACCCUUUCCGUUCACUGACUCGUCGACAGUCAUUCGUGUUCAGUAACAUCCAUUUGUUCUCUCUCUGCACUUUAUAAACAGCCAUUAAGUAAAAUUAGCCUUCACUCUGUUUUUAUUGCAUGAGUUGUAAUUGCUUAAUGACAGAUAGUCAUUGUUAAUGUUCUCUGGAGCUCUUGUAGUGAUUAAGACUGCUGCUCUGUCCACAAGUUUUGUGUUUACUUAUCUUCCUAAAUCUUCAUUAUAUUUACUUAAUUUACAAACAGAUAAAAUAUUUGCUGGAUAUAUGUUUUGAAUAUAGCUGCUACCACCCCCUACCUGCCUUUUUAUUCUAAGUAAUAAUAUUCACUAUCUAUUCGUCGUCUUCAUAACAGACAUCAAUGCGGGCGUAGAUUGUAUCAAGAAGUAAAAUAUGGGAGACUAGAAUGCACAUUUUAUUAUUUUCAUUGCUUGAUAUUUUGGGGCUACUGUAUUGUAUAGAAUUCGGGGGGUUGUUGGUUCUGUCUGGUAUGAAACCAGAAACUCCCAUGCUGGGUAUGUACACUACUGUAGCUGCAGUGCCAAUAGGACUAGCCCUCUUGGCAGUGGCCGUAGUAUGUGUAUCACAGGGUUGCUGCAAUAUGUUUAUUGAACUCUGCGUUACAUAUACUCUGCAAGUAUUAUGAUCAGUAUUAUUUCUAAAAUGAUCUAUUGUGUAUGUGUAGAAAAUGAUACAGAACUGUAGUUAUUGUCUAUAGAAAUGCAUUGCCAUGGCAUGGUUGCUCGUAUGGCACUUUUAUUUUCAAGGAAAUUGCUAUUUACCUUGUCUGGUGAAUGUGGUGGAUUGGGUUGGCCCAAAUUGGUAGAUCUACAAAUAAAUACAGCAUUUUAUUGCAUGAGGUGAUGCCUGAGCAUCUCUGACUGUAUAUCUGCAUUAUAUGUCAAUAAGAUGUACAUACUCUUAUAGGUACAGAUUCUGAAAUUGCUACAAAUCAAGCUAUUUUCAAGUCAUUUUUCUUUGCAGUUUUAAUUUUCCAUUCACUGUCUGUCAAACCUUUCCCACUUAUAGGCCUGUAUUCUAUUGACGUAAUGAGAAUGUUUAAACCUGCUGUAUGAGCUCAGCCAUUGGGCAAACCACUUCAUUUUUUAAUUUCACCUUUUGUAAGGAAUGCGUGCUGGUGGCAGGGAAGUCAGGCGCAGGAGAUCGAACUUGGUAUAAACGGAGCAGUUUAAUAAGUGCUCAAAAACUCUGAAAACCAACAUAUACAAAAUAAUACAAGUGGGUACAAUACCCGUCGCACACCAGAACAUAUCUUGCACAUAGCUUACAAACAAACAAUCACCGACAAGGACAAUGCGGGGGAACAGAGGGUUAAAUACACAACAUGUAAUGAAUGGGAUUGGAACCAGGUGUGAUACAAGACAAGGCAAAACCAAAGGAAAAUGAAAAGAAGAUCAGCGAUGGCUAGAAGGUCAGCGACUUCGACCGCCGAACACACCCGCCCGAACAAGGAGAGGGACCAACUUCGGCGGAAGUCGUGACACCUUUAUUUAACCAGGUAGGCUAGUUGAGAACAAGUUGUCAUUUACAACUGCGACCUGGCCAAGAUAAAGCAAAGCAGUGUGACACAAACAACAACACAGAGUCAUUUCAACGUGGAUAAUGUGGGUCAUUUUUGGAUGAGAUGUUGAUCAGAGAUAUUUCUACCUUUAUUGACCCACUCAAAAGGAGAGACAGAAGUUUGUUGAAUUCCCAAUGUGUUAUCACUAUGCAUUCAACCAUAUUAAAGCACAACCAAAUUCCAA